UGCCACCAAUGGCCAUCACCGACUCUCAUCCUCCCCAACCCUCCACCGCCCCUAAACCAAACCCUCCUCCUCCACCUCAACCCGAAGUCCGCUCCGUCAAAUGCGACUCCUGCGGCUUCACAGAGGACUGCACCGCCGCGUACAUCGCACGCGUCCGGGAACGCUACCAGGGCCGGUGGAUAUGUGGCCUCUGCGCCGAGGCAGUUAAAGACGAGGCCCUCCGAUCAGAUAGUCUCAUUUCAACCGAGGAGGCUCUCAACCGCCACAUAAGCUUCUGCAAGAAUUUCAGAUUGUCUAGUAAGGAAAACACAGAGCAUCCUAUUCUGGCUAUGGGUCGAAUUUUCCGCCGGAGCUUGGAUACUCCGAGGGCUAUCCGGUCAAACUCCAGCUCGUCUCUCGGUGACGUACAGAGGGUUCAUGGGCCGGCGCUUCUGAGGUCCGGAAGCUGCUUCCCUGCUCUCAAUAGCUGAGUUGAUAUGAAGGUAAAUAUAUGAAAACAGAGGAACUCUGUUUUUGUGCUUAGAAUUAUUACAUCAGAAACAUAAUUGGGUUAAUUAGUUUAUGCUUCAAAUGGUUUCAUAGAACUGGGAUUUUGUAGAUAUUAAUUUCUAAGACUAAUGGGAUUCUUUAUCUAGACUUUCAUUGUAUAUAUGAUUCUGUUCAUGUCA